AUGUCGUGCGCGCAGGAUUCCGCCUUCGGGCCUGGCCUCGUGGCCGGCACAGAUCAGUGCCGCGAAUUCGACUUCACGUUGACCUUUGAACGCGCCAUACUGCAGGUCCUGCCGAGCACGCUUGUGACAUUUCUCGCGCUGGCAAGGUCCCAAAGUCUUUACAAAACGCCAAAGGUCAUAUCGUCUUCGACGUUACAAGGGGUCAAAGCUAUACUGUUCGCUACAUUGGGGCUCCUUCAAAUAGCAGAGAUUGGGACCAGGUCUCGUGUCUUGAAUGACCAGGCGACCGACAGAGCCUUGACGACCGCAGCCAGCGUUACUGCCAUUCUGGCCACGGCGUGCCUCGGAUUGAACGCAUGCCUUGAGCAUACACGCACCCCAGGUCCUUCCAUACUUGUGCAGGUCGCCCUCUCAAUUUCGUUGCUGCUUGACUUGGCUCUACUCAGGACGUCGUGGAUCUUGUGGACCCCUUCGCGGUCCGAUGUUACGCUGCUGUCAUCAGCUGCUCUCCAGACAACAAUCUCGGCGCUGAAGCUGGGAGCCUUGCUGUCCGAGUCCCUGGUCAAGCACGCGCCCGCGGCUCAAGAGUCUCAGAUGUUCUCGUCCGAAGAGAAGGCUGGCUUCUUCGGCAGAACCUUCAUGACGUGGCUGAACCCUCUGUUCUCCCUCGGCUAUCGCGCCGACAUCACACUCGAUAGCUUGAAGCCUGUCGAUCACAGUCUCUCGGGCGAAGCCACCGGUGAGAGGCUACAGUGCUUUUGGGCAGCAUCAGGACAGACUCGACGGUGGCGUCUCGCCUUCGCCCUUGCACGAGCUUUCAGAUUCGACCUGUUCAUGGUCCAUGUUCCCAGACUGGGGCUCGUAGCAUGCGCCAUCACGCAGCCACUACUCAUCAAUGCCGUACUGUCCUUCAUGCAAGACCAGGUCGACAGUCCCCAGUACUACGGCUAUUAUCUCAUAGCAGCCACGUUCCUGACAUAUACUCUUCUAACGAUAAUGACGCUCUGGUCACAACACCUGACCUUUCGUUUCCUGACAAAAGUUCGAGGGGCGCUGGUUGGCUCAAUCUUCAACUCGAGCUUGGAAAUGCGUGCUUCAGAAGGCAUGAGCAGUGCUCAGCCUGUUACACUGAUGAGCACCGAGAUUGAUCGAAUAUCCUACACGCUGCAGUGGUCUCUGGCCAUUAUCCCGAACGUGAUUCAAGUCAGCCUGGGACUAUGGAUACUGCAGUCGUACAUUGACAAGGCAGUGAUUGCGCCCGCGAUAGUGGCGAUUGCUGCGGCUCAGGUGGGCAAGGGUAUCCCAAAACGACAAGGCGAGUGGACGAAGAGCAUACAGACACGAAUAAGCAUCACGACGAACGUCCUGUCGCAGCUCAAAGCCAUCAGGAUGUCUGGGCUCCAGAGCGCCGCCAACAGAAACAUACUCGAGGCGCGAGACCAAGAGAUAUCGAAGCAAAAGUCCUUUAGGAAGCAGCAGGUCUCCAACAUAGUCAUUGGCAACAUCCCGGCCAUGCUCACUCCAGCACUGACCUUCUCGGCGUUCGCCAUCGUUCAGCUCGUGGACAGGGGCGGCACCAGCUCAUUUGAUGUUGUGGUUGCAUUCAGCUCGCUCUCCCUGCUGGCAAUCCUCAUCAUGCCCAUUGCAGAGCUCGUGGCCGCCAGCAUCAACAUCACCUCGGCACUGACCAGUCUCGACCGCAUCCAGGAGUUCCUGAACAAGAACCCUGGUUCCGGCCUGCGCGAGUUGGGCACAGUCGGCGACAGACAUGCCAGCAGCCCCCUGGUCAGCAUGCGGGCGUGUUCACUCGACUGGGCACCGGGCGUUACCUCGGACACACAACCACCCUUGCUGCAGAACGUUGAUCUCGAUAUCAGGCGGUCCGAGAUAAUCCUGGUGACCGGACCUGUCGGCUGCGGCAAGUCGUUACUGCUCAAUGCCAUCCUUGGAGAAGCCCACGUGGCAGCCGGACAAAUCCGACGAGCGUCACCCAGCCAGACAACUUAUAGCGCACAGACGCCCUGGAUCCCAAACUGUACACUUCGACAAGUGGUAGUCGGCGAGGGCACCGCAUAUGACGAGGGCCGGUAUGCACAGGUCGUAGCGGUGUGUCAGCUCAGCGAAGACUUUGCUGGUGUCGCUGGCGGCGAGGGGGAUGGCGCGAUGGUAGGGAGUGGUGGCUCGAGGCUGUCUGGCGGGGAGAAGCAAAGACUCCGAAUCGUGAACCACGAUAGCGGCUCAGGUAACAUAAUGCCGAGCAGCAGACCGAACUCAGGGAGCGGAAAGAGGUCAGACGUGCUCCCUGCCAGACCCAGGACCGCCCCGCCAGACGAGCAACCAGCACCUUCAGCGCAGGUGCGGCCACCGGGAAGUUCUCUGGUUCAUUACAUGAGCCUCAUGGGCCCGUUGCGUCUUUUCGUGUUUGUGGCAUUCGUUGUCGUCCUUGUAGGCUGCUCUAUUGCCCAAAGUACGUACUCAUGUUUCCCAGGCGUAAGACUGACCACAAUCACAGCGCUCUGGCUCAAGUUCUGGGUCGCAUCCAAGACUCCUUCCGAUAGUCUAGGGUACUGGAUCGGCAUCUACAUUGGUCUCGCAUUCCUCAAUAUUGCCGCCAUCGGCUUGGAGACCAGUGCGCACAUCGACUUCUUCUCCCUCAGAGACACAGGCGAAGUGCUCAAUCUAUUCGCCGGCGACCUCAACCUCAUCGACAUGCCCCUCCCGCUGAGCUUCCUCCUGACCACGGAGAAGCUCGCGUCCAGUGCCGCCGAGGCGGUCUUGACGUGCCUCGCGGGCGGGUACCUCGCCGCCACGAUCCCCGUCGUCGGGCUCGCCGUGUACCUCACGCAGCGCGUGUACCUGCGCACCUCGCGACAGCUGCGCGUGCUGGACCUCGAGGCCAAGGCGUCCCUUAUCACACACUUCAGCGAGUGCUUCGAGGGCCGCAAGAACUUGGCGAUCCUGGACGUCUCGCAGAAGCCGUAUUACCUGCUCUUCUGCCUGCAGCGGUGGCUUAACCUGGUGCUGGACCUGAUCACCGCGGCGCUGGCGACGCUACUUGUGGGUAUCGCGGUGUCGCAGAGGGAGAGAGAGCAGGGAGUUGACGUGGGGUACCUUGGCGUGGGGAUGGUGAGUGUGAUGGGGUUUGGGCAGACACUCGGCCAGCUGAUUACGCACUGGACAAAUCUUGAGACUUCGCUGGGCGCGGUGGACAGGGUGAGAAAGUACGUUGCCAACGCUCCUCCAGAAGAGGACAAGGUCGCCAUGCUCACGCGAAGCCCGGACGACGACCACAAUGACGACAUGGCAGCGGUGACUCUGCCCUAUCACACACCAGCGCAGGGGGUACUGGAAAUCCACGACUUGUCGGCGAAGCGUGGUCGUUCGCAAAUCCUUCACGACGUUAACCUCUCAUUCAGCCCAGGGACCAAGACGGCAGUCUGUGGUCGCACCGGCAGCGGCAAAUCAUCACUGCUCGACGCCCUCUUGCGCAUGAUAUCCCUGGAUAAGGGCAACAUCACCUUAUCCGGCACAGACUUCGCAGCCAUCCCCACGGCUACCCUCCGCAGGUUCAUCGUCGCACUGCCGCAGAACGCGCUGCUCUUCUCUGGCCGGACAGUCCGCCAGAACUUGGACCCGGACGAUCGUCACCGCGGCGAGGAUGGAGCAGCACGGAUCAUGCGGGUGCUGGAGGAAGUUGGUCUGGCCGAGCUGGUCUCUACCACCUUUCGGGGAAGCCUGGACGUGGUACUCGAGGCCGAGUGUCUGAGCUCCGGCCAGGCGCAGCUCAUCGGAAUGGCGCGGAUCAUGCUGCGCCGGGAUGAGGGUAUGGUGCUCCUGCUGGACGAGGCGACGAGCAACCUCAACCGAGAGACGGCUGCAACGGUGUACCGCCUCAUCGAGACGCACUUCCGCGACUGGACGGUGAUUGUGGUGACGCACCAGGUCGAGGAUAUCACUCGGUUCGGGUUUGACCAGGUCAUCGUCAUGAAGGAUGGCAGGGUAUCUAAGGUCGGUGUUCCUCGGGUCCUUCUCGAGCAAGGCGCGUCGUCCGAGUUUGGCGCCCUGGUAGCACAUGCUCGACACAGCUCUGCGGCCAGGUGA